AUGUCAACCUCCGUCCACGCUAUCACCGACGGUUUGUCCAAAUUGGGCUUGCAACAGCCCUCGGCCAUUGAAGCCUCAACUCCAGACUACAACAUCAUCGAUGUCUUCAGAAACUACAUCACCAACGAAUUGCACAGAGUCUCCGACGUUGACCAAGAGAUCAUUUUCUCUGCCUUGGACUCUCCAAAUACUUUGGACAAGGGAGACUUGAUCGUUCCCGUUCCCAGAUUGAGAUUAAAGGGUGUCAAUCCAAAGGAUAAGGCUGUAGAAUGGUCCGAGAAGUUCGAGAAGGGAAAGUUUCUUUCCGAAGUUAAAGCAGAGGGCCCUUUCUUGCAAUUCUUCUUCAACAAGACUUUGUUGUACAACUUGGUUAUCGGCGAUGCCUUAGCUAGAAAGACCGAAUAUGGUGCUUUACCUCUUGGCUUGAACAAGAAAGUCAUUGUUGAAUUCUCAUCUCCCAACAUCGCUAAGCCUUUCCAUGCUGGCCAUUUGAGAUCUACCAUUAUCGGUGGAUUCUUAUCCAACUUGUAUGAGAAAGCCGGCUGGAACGUUACCAGAAUCAAUUACUUGGGAGACUGGGGAAAACAGUUUGGUUUGUUGGCCGUAGGCUUUGAGAGGUACGGCUCUGAAGAGAAGUUGGCUUCGGACCCUAUCAACCACUUGUUUGAGGUGUAUGUCAAGAUUAAUCAAGACAUCACUGCUGAAGGUGAAACCUCGCCUACAAAUGAAGCUGCCAGACUCUACUUCAAGAAGAUGGAAGAUGGUGACGAAGAAGCUUUGAAGAUCUGGAAGAGAUUCAGAGAGUUGUCCAUUGAAAAGUACAUAGAUACGUAUGCUCGUCUUAACAUCCACUAUGACGUCUACUCUGGUGAGUCGCAAGUUCCUAAGGAAUUAAUGAAGAUGGCCACUAAAAUCUUUGAAGAAAAAGGUUUGAUUCACGAAGACAGAGGAGCUAAGCUUAUUGACUUGACCAAGUUCAACAAGAAAUUAGGUAAAACAUUGGUCGAAAAGUCUGACGGUACCUCUUUGUACCUUACCCGUGACGUUGGUGAAGCCAUGAAGCGUUACAACACCUACAAGUUCGAUAAGAUGAUUUAUGUGAUUGCCUCGCAACAAGAUUUACAUUGUGCUCAAUUCUUUGAAGUGUUGAAGCAGAUGGGCUUUGAAUGGGUCAAGAACAUGGAACAUGUUAACUUCGGUAUGGUAUUAGGUAUGUCUACCAGAAAGGGUACGGUUGUCUUUUUGGACAACAUCUUGGAAGAAACCAAGGAAAAGAUGCACGAAGUCAUGAAGGCCAACGAGGCCAAAUAUGCUCAAAUCGAAGACCCCGACAAGAUAGCCGACUUGGUUGGUAUCUCGGCCGUGAUGAUCCAGGACAUGCAAGCUAAGCGUAUAAAUAACUACGAGUUUAAGUGGGACAGAAUGACAUCAUUCGAAGGUGACACUGGUCCAUACUUGCAAUAUGCUCACUCUCGUUUGAGCUCAGUGCAAAGAAAGUCUGGCUACACUGAAGAAGACUUGGCUACUGCAAACUACGACUUGUUGGUAGAACCAUGUGCAGCCAACUUGAUCAGAACCUUGGCUCAGUACCCUGACACUAUCAAGAAGGCAUUGAAGACACACGAGCCUUCCACCAUCGUCACCUACUUGUUCAACUUGACCCAUAUUGUAUCUCAAUGUUAUGACAUCUUGUGGGUUGCUGGCCAGGAAAAGGAAUUGGCCGUCGCCAGAUUGGCCUUGUACGCCAGUGCCAAGCAGGUGUUGUACAACGGUAUGACGUUGUUGGGCUUGACUCCCGUAGACAGAAUGUGA